UUCCAGCUGCCUGCCUGCCUCCCGUUGCGCACCGCCGGGAAGCGGGAAGCCUCCGCCCCUCGCCGCCGCGACGCGGCUCACACUAGCUUACACACCACGCUAACCCACCCACCCAUCCGCGCCGCUUCCUUCCUAAAACCUUCGAAACCCCCCCACCGGCUACCUUCUCCGCUCCGCCCGUUCCAGCCCCUCCAGCUUCCCGCCGCUCAGAACCCUAGCAGGGGGGCAGCCAUGGUGGCGCCGCGCGAGCUGGAGCUCUCGGACGAGGUGGAGGGCCCGCAGGACGGCACGGCGGACUUUGUCUUCCGCCUCGCCGGCGACCCCAUCCCCGUCCUGCCCCCCGCCUCCUCCCCUCCCCCACUCUUCGACCUCCACUCCCCUCCCGCGCGCCCGCUCGCCGUCUCCGACCGCCACGCCGCCGUCUUCCUCGCCCACCCCAACGGGUUUAUGGCCGUGAGGACCAAGGCGCUGAUCGAGGCCAGCAAGGAGGCGCGAGCCAAGGGCAAGGCCAGCACGCGCUGCGCGCGGGACUGCUGCGUCGCCGACGUGCCUCUCCCUGGGGUCUCCCUCCUGGCGCUCUCCGGCGACGACUCUGUUUUGGCUGCCUGUACGGGCACUGAGAUCCACUUCUUCUCGCCUGCUUCCUUGCUCACUGAUAAGGAUGUCGAGCCGUCUUCAUCAUGUAGCCUGGGACAAUCUGACACCGUUAAAGAUUUCAAGUGGCUAAAUCAUGACUCCAAAGCCUACAUUGUACUCUCGAAUAGUGGAUUGCUUUCUCAAGGGAGUUUGAGAGAAGGCUUGAAGGAUGUAAUGGAAAGUGUUGACGCUGUUGACUGUUGCAAGGAUGGAAACCAUAUUGUUGUUGCAAGGGAGAAUUCACUCAGGAUAUUAUCAUCAGAUUUGAAAGAAACAUGUUGCAUGACCCUCUUGUUCCAGUUGUGGCCUGAUGAUACUGAUCCAGAGGACACCGAUAUCAAAGUGGAUGCCAUUGGUUGGGUGCGUGAUGAUAGCAUUGUUGUUGGUUGUGUUCAAUUGAAUGAGGAAGGCAACGAAGAGAAUUAUGUGGUCCAAGUUAUAAGAAGUGGAGGAGAUACAUUUUUUGAGAGCUCAAGCAAGCCGGUUGUUUUUACCUAUGUGGAUUUUUUCCAAGGCAUCAUGGAUGACAUUUUACCAUCUAGAGUUGGACCAAAUUUGCUAUUGGGCUAUCUGCAUCGCUGGGAUCUCAUGGUGGUUUCAAAUAAAAAGAGCAUCAAUGACCACAUUUCGCUUUUGAAAUGGCCGUCCACAACUGACGAUGAAAGAAAUGUGGUAUACCUCGAAAUGCUGGAGGAUAAAUAUAGUCCUAGGAUUGAUCUGCAAGAGAAUGGUGAUGACAAUGUCAUAUUGGGAUUUGGUGUGGAGAAUGUUUCCUUGUUUCAGAAGAUCACAGUACUAGUUGGACCUGAACAAAAGGAGGUUGCCCCUCAGCACAUUCUACUGUGUUUGACUGGUGAAGGAAAACUAAUUAUAUAUUAUCUUGCCAGGAUUUCUGACCCUUCUGAUUUACCCCAAACAAGUCCGUAUACCAUUGAAGACAGUAAUGUGAAUAAAACAAAUUCACCUGCAACUGUGUCUGGAAAGGAUUUGACUCCAAGUGUUACAAGCCCAGUGGCCAAGAGUCUGCUCGUGGAACCUGGGGCUGAGCCAUCCAGUGCACAAGCAGAAAGAGGGCAUCAUGAACCGAGAGAUAUUAAAAGCAGUUCCUCAGUUUCGAAAAACAAGGACAUUGCCAGCAGUUCGUUGUCUAUCUCUUCUGAUCAGAAGUCCUUGAGUGCUAAGCAAGUGAAUGUGGCAUUCCCGUCCGCACCUGCCUCUAUCUUAGCACCAACAGGCAACAUAAAACCUGGGAUGCCUUUCAGUUUUUCUACUGCUAAUAAUGUAGGCCUGAAUUCAACAGGAAGCAAGGGAUCUAGUGAAUUAGUUUCUUCCUCACAACUGAACAGCGGCAGCACUUCUGUAAACAGCCAACUUGGAAAAGGUGGGUUUGAUUUAACCAAACCACUGGGAUCAUUCGGGGGGUCUCAGAAUACUGAAAAAGAUGGUGGGAACCCUAGUUUUAAAUCAUCAGUGUUCACCUCUGAUGGACUGGUUCCAUUUAAGGCUGCAGAAAGAAAUGAGGCUACUAGUUUUGGAAGUUACUCGCCUCAAACCAGCUGCACUACUGAGAGGAAAGUUCUUGGUUCCUCGGCUGGUUUAAGUUCUAUGUCAUCACCGUUGAUUUCUCCAAAUAAACCUACUCCAGUCGGAUCUUCAUCUACUGGGUUUGCGACAGGAAAUCUCGAAGCAGUUGCUACCUCCCGUGUAUCACCUUCGCCACAGCAAACCAUUGGCAAACCACAUAACAGCAGGGCACAUACAUCAGCGGAUUCAAGAAGUUUCAAGUUAGGCAAUACUGAACAAGAUCUAUCUAAAAAGUUCUACAGUAUAAAUGAUAUGACAGAGGAAUUAGACACCCUCCUGGCAUACAUCGAAAAGGAUGGGGGUUUCAUAGAUGCCUGCAUAACCUCGCAGCAGCAUCCUCUUUCAGUGCUUGAGGGUGAUCUGCAAAAUUUCAUGGAAUUACUGCAGGUCUUCAAGAACAAAGUAGAGGAAAAAUAUUCAAAAACUGAAGAUCUGCGAAAUAAGAUGUUCCAAGUUUCUGCUAGGCAAGCUUAUAUGAAGGGAAUUCUCAGUCAAUCUUCAGAUACUCAAUACUGGGAUAUAUGGAAUCGUCAGAAAUUGAGUCCUGAAUUUGAAGUGAAGAGGCAAAACAUUCUCAAAGCUAAUCAGAAUUUGACAAAUCAGCUGGUAGAGCUGGAGAGGCACUUUAAUAAUCUGGAGAUGAACAAAUUUGGUGACACUGGAAGAGUUGCUUCUAGUCGCAGAGCUGUUUAUUCUAACAAGUCGCGUUCUAGUCAGACACAAUUAUCCAGUGUGUACAAUGCACUGAAUUCGCAAUUAGCAGCAGCCGAGCAACUAUCUGAAUGCCUUUCGAAGCAGGUAUCUGCACUAAAUAUAAGUUCUCCUUCUAAGAAGCGUGGGACAGUGACCAAAGAGUUGUUUGAAUCAAUCGGUCUAGCCCAUCCGUCAGAUGCACCCAAAUUUUCAGCUGGUACUCCUUCCAAGUUAAUUCAGGGGUUUCCAUCAACUAAAGAACACACAAAGAGCAUGCUAGGACCUUCCAAGAUUGCUGAGCCUGAGACUGCACGAAGGAGGAGAGAAUCACUGGAUAGGAGUUUGGCUAGUUUGGAGCCACAGAAAACCACAGUAAAAAGAAUAGCGCAGCAACAACGCCUCAAGAUCAGCAGUGAUCUGCCAUUCAGGUCAAACAAGAAAAUGUUCGAUUCUCAAAUGGCAGCUCUUUCCCAGGAAAAUUUUAGUGGUAGCUCCAGUUCCUCCAUAGUAGAAUCGUAUGCAAGCAGGCUGCAUUCUCCAAGUGAAGUGCUCGAUGAAAAAACAAAGACAUCCGGGCCCCAGCACAGCUCUUUGUUCAAAUGGGCAAAGGAACCCGCUGGGUCAUCUCAAGGCUCGGAGCAAAAGCAUCUUGAGUUACCAGGGCAGAUGAGAAGUGCUGGUCAGCCUUCAAAGUUGGCACCAUCUUCACCAUUAUCAUUCAGUUAUAAGCAGAAGGAUGCGAGGGAUAGUAUCAGUUCAUCCAAUGUUGCAUCCUUUGGAACAACUCAUGCCAUGCCUAAGUCAAAUUCUCUGACCUUCAAAACCACUUUAACUCCUGCAAAUGCACGGCCAGAUACGUUACCAUCAAUGACGAGCUCACUGCCUGUGAAAACAUUGUCUGGGGAAUCUGGAACUGGUUCUACCUUGACUACGAAGAGCAGAUACGGUGACCAGGCUAUAUCAUCUUUGGGAAGCACAAAAGGAUUGGGCAUUUCUCCACAGAAUAUGGGGGGUAUAUUUAGAGAUCUCAAUAAACCAUCUUUAUCUUCUGAACCUUCUGAUCCUGCAGUGGUUCAUGGGAAGCCUUUUCGACUUGGUGGAGUUAGUGAUACUGUGCAAAGCUCAGUGAAAGGUACACCCCAGGUGGCACCCCAACCUCAUGCAUUUUCACCAAUGUCACAAUCGUCUUCGUUCUCUAUCAACUUAGGUGCUUCCUCUUCAGCUGCACCACCCACAUCAACCAUGCAAGCAUCACUUUCAAAGAAUUCAGAUGUUUCAUCUCCGGCAGUUUCUUCCAUAUUCCCACCACAGAAAUCAAUCCCAGAAACUUCCCCAACAGUACAUGAGGGUACUGUGUCUAGCUCCCGUCCAUCUAUCCCAACACCUGUUAAGGAGUCAUCAUCUGAUCUUGGUAAAAAUGAAUCUAAACCUGAAGUGACAUCAGAGGUAACUGGAACUACAGUCUCUGCAAUUGCUACUUCAACAGGCAUACCAACCACAGAAAACAAAACUUCAUUGCUUCAAGUGACCAGUGGCAGUUUACCUUCUAAUCCUCCCUCCGCACCUAAAAUUGUGCCAGCAGAACCUGCUGCUGUUACAUCCACAAGAAAAGAUGCAGGGCCAAGCAAUCUUUCAUCAGAUGAAGAUGAUAUGGAAGAGGAGUCUCCUUCUGGAAAGGCAGAUCUCAACUUGGGAGCCCUUAGUGGGUUUGGUCUUGGGUCUGCGCCUUCUUCGAGUCCUAAAAAAUCCAAUCCUUUUGGGAGCUCCUUUGGUACAUCAGACAAUAAAAGCUCAGGUUCACCUUUUACGUUGACUACCAUUCCAGGACAGCUUUUCCGUCCAGCAUCACUGAGCAUUCCUUCAGCCCAGCCAGCACAGCCAUCUCAAUCAACUAGCUCGAGUACAUUUUCUACUACAUUUUCAAGUGGGCUUAGUGGAUUUGGACAGCCUGCACAGGUUGGAUCAGGACAGCAAUCGGGAUUUGGGCAGUCUGCACAAAUUGGAGCUGGUCAGCAGGCAGGUUUUGGGCAGCCAGCACAAAUUCAGUCAGGAUUUGGUCAGCCAGCACAAAUUCAGUCAGGAUUUGGUCAGCCAGCACAAAUUCAGUCAGGAUUUGGUCAGUCAGCACAAAUUGGAGCUGCGCAACAGACAGGAUUUGGGCAGCCUGCACAAAUUGGGGGUGGACAGCAGUCAGGGUUUGGGCAGCCUGCACAGUUUGGUGGUCAGCAGGCGCUUGGAUCUGUUCUGGGUUCUUUUGGACAAUCACGCCAGUUGGGAGGCUUUGGUGGAUUUGCCGGAUCCUCUUCUGGGGCUUUUGCCUCUGUACCUUCCAGUAAUUCGGGAUUUGCUGGUGCUGCAGCAGGUGGGGCCUUCUCUGCAGCUGCUCCUUCGGUUGGUGGAGGGUUUGCUGCCGCUGCUACCGGUGGAGGGUUUGCUUCUCUUGCCUCCAAAACUGGUGGUUUUGCUGCUGCAGCUACAUCUGCUGGUGGUUUUGGAGGUGCUGUCCAGGGAAGUGGCUUCGGUGGUGGUGGUUUUGGAGCUUUUGGCGGUAAUAAUCAAGGGGCUGCUGGUUUCUCGGCAUUUGGUGCUAGUGGCUCGUCUGGACCUGGAAGACCUCCGGCAGAUUUUUUGACGCAGAUGAGAAAAUAGUGAAAUGCUUCCCCCAAAUUACGGGCAGAAAGGUCUAAAUGGUUCGUGGCCUUGUGUACACAUCAAAACUUCUAGGGCUGCCUGGUUAAGUUCAACAAUAUGAUACGUCGAUUGUUCCCUUGUUGUGAAUGAAAAUGAGAAUGAAUCUCUGUGUGUUAUUCCAUUGAUUGAUGAUGAUAUUUAUACAUGGUGAAGAGGCACCAUGUAUUGGUGUCCCAAACUUU